AUGAACGGCAACAACAAAUCCGGCGCUGCGCGCUUCGAUCCCACCUUCACCCGGAAUGUUAUCAAUGCCAUGGGUCCCAAGACUUCCCCUCGGAUGCGGGAAGUCAUGACCAGCUUGAUCACACACCUUCACGACUUUGCUCGCGAGAUUGAGUUGACAGUGGAAGAGUGGGAUGAGGGUGUCCGUUUGAUCAACUGGGCUGGCCAGAUGAGCAAUGACAGACGGAAUGAAGGUCAACUGGUGUGCGAUGUUGUCGGCUUGGAAACACUCGUGGAUGAAAUCACAUACAAGAAGGCAGCCGAAGCCGCCGAUCUGGCCACUCAGAGCGCUAUACUUGGUCCCUUCUUCCAGACUGACCACACGAUCCGCAAGAAGGGCGACAGCAUCUCCACCAAUACUCCGCAGGAUGCCGAAGUUGUGUAUUUGUACGGCCAAGUUGCGGAUGCCACUACCAACAAGCCCUUGAGGAAUGCUUCAGUCGAUGUUUGGCAAGCGUCCACAAACGGGUUGUACGAACAACAGGACGAGAACCAACCAAAGUCGAACCUAUGCGGCAAGUUCUACACGGAUGAGAACGGAGAGUACGGCUUCUAUUGCUUGAGACCAACCCCUUACCCGAUCCCAUACGAUGGACCAGCGGGUAAACUGCUCCAAUUGCUUGACAGACACCCCUACAGACCAGCCCACAUCCAUUUCAUCGUGAGUAUUGAAGCUCCGUGCCUCAGAGGUCAGAAAGUGACAGUCGCGCAGGUGUUGGCCGAGGGCUACAAGCCCAUCACGACCCAGAUUUUCGACAAGGAGAGCAAGUAUCUCGACGAUGAUUCUGUCUUUGCGGUCAAGGACUCCUUGAUUGUCGAGUUCGUACCCCGGCAAGGUGACGCGCAGGCCCAAAAGGAAUUGAGAUAUGACAUCAAGAUGGCUCCGCUGUCCUCCAAGGGAGAAUCCGGCGAAGCGUUAGUGACCGAAGGCAUGGGUCGCGGCUUUUAA